AUGGGUCUAAUGGGAUCGGAUGAUGACGAGGAAGACUACAGCACUGCCUGCACUGCACUGACAGCAGGCGCUCUACCACCCGCAGAGGCGCAGAGGACGCGCACCCAGACUCUGCGGGCCGCGGCUGCAAGGCGUCCAGACUCAGGCUGCCACGUGCGAACGACCAAGACGCGCUCUGCACUUCUGCACCUGGCUGGUCAUCUUGCCACCGAAUUUUGUCGCCGAAACGCCGUGCCUCCACUCACCCACCGUACGCCGCACGCGCUCGCUCGCUCGCUCGAGAUCAAUGACAUCGACGGCAAGCUCGAGCUCGAGCAUACCACCCCUUGUUGUUGUCCCCAGCAGCAACCUCCACCACCUCUUCCCGAGUCGACACCGUUCAAAAGUCCUGACGGACACGACCUCCAUCCGACUCCGUCUUUCACAAUGAAGCUCGUCAGAUUUUUGAUGAAGCUCAACAACGAGACGGUCACGAUCGAGCUCAAGAAUGGGUCGGUCAUCCACGGAACGAUUACUUCCGUCGACCCCCAGAUGAACACCCACCUCAAGUCCGUCAAGAUGUCGCUCCGCAACGCGGCCCCGAACACGCCCAGCACGCACCUCGACUCGAUCGCGAUCCGCGGCAACAACAUCCGCUACUUCAUCCUGCCCGACUCGCUGCCGCUCGACACGCUGCUCGUCGACGACUCGCCCAAGGCCAGGAAGCGCAAGGAGGGAGCUGCUGCCGCCCCCCGUGGCCGUGGUCGCGGACGAGGAGGACCCCGCGGAGGACGCGGACGCGGACGUGGAUUCUAA